GUCGAGCUUCCGCUUCCGCUUUCCGGUGGCCGUAAAGUGCGGGCGGUGCUGUCGUGCGAAGUGAGGAAGGGGCUGUGUCUGGAGGCGGACGGGGACAAGAACAGGGGUGAGAGCCGGCAAAGAGGCCGGGUGGGCUGGAAGAAAGACCCGACCCCAGACUUUUCAGAUCCGUUGUGGUCCCCAGAACCAUGAUCGAGGUUGUGUGUAACGACCGGCUGGGCAAGAAGGUCCGCGUGAAGUGCAACACGGAUGACACGAUAGGAGACCUGAAAAAACUGAUUGCGGCUCAGACAGGCACCCGUUGGAACAAGAUUGUUCUGAAGAAAUGGUACACAAUCUUCAAGGACCACGUUUCCCUGGGUGACUAUGAGAUCCAUGAUGGAAUGAACCUGGAGCUUUAUUAUCAGUAGGGCCUGCCAAUUCUGCAACCCACUCCCCAUUUUUAAAGUCUCACUAAUAAAAAUAAUUUAAAUGCCA